UAUCUUCUACGUGGAUUUACAAUCUCGUCCCUGCCCGACGGCGGCUGCAACUGCAAAAUACGGUCGUCCGCUCUCAGGCGGGGCGGGGCGGGGCGGGCGGUUGUUAUGAUACCAAAUCCGAGGGCCAGACUUGUAUCACCAUCAAGUGCCGGUUUUGGUUUGAAGAUUCUGAUGGAGAAUCGAGCUCAACGAAAAGAUUAUCUUCACUAUAACCACACUGAUCGCUGCAGAAGUGCUAGAUGGACUGCCAGGGAAAGCUAUCAAUUCAUGUAUGGAAGGCCGUGGCAAGAAGUGCUUGAUUUUUACUCUCACGCUGUUAAUGGAAGGUUUUCUCUUAGCUCAUUGCUUGGAACUGAGAUAUGUCGUGAUCAUGAUGAUGCUGAGACUCCAUUGAUUUACAACUCAGCAGAGUUAAACAGAGCUGCAGUUAAAGAUAAGACUGGGAGAUGGGCAAGGGCAACAUUUAAGAUAGUUCUUUCCUACGAUGGAAAUUCUUUUGAUGGGUGGCAAAAGCAGCCAGGCUUGAAUACUGUUCAGGGCUUGGUAGAAAGAUCUCUAGGGAAGUUUGUAGAUGAGAAGAAAGCUCAGAUGCUCAAAGAUAAAUGCUUACCAUUAGAAGGAUGUGCUUUGGUUGCUGGGCGCACUGACAAAGGGGUGACAGCUCUGCGACAAGUUUGCUCAUUUUAUACUUGGCGUACCGAUGUUAAACCUCAAGACAUUGAAGAUUCCAUCAAUAGUGCAGCUCCUGGAAAACUCAGAACAUCCUCUGUCUCUCAGGUCUCUCGAAUCUUCCAUCCAAACUUCUCUGCUAAAUGGAGACGAUAUCUAUAUAUUCUUCCUCUGAAUGAUGGAGAGAACAUGGAGCCAGAUUCUACAACUUGGGAAAAUGUAGAAAAUAGAGAAGAGGAAAAUUUUGUUAAAAUAGAAGCCUCAAAUGGUGAAAAAUGUGUGGACGGGAUUCAUGAUAAUUUGGUCCUCAGUCCAAAUGACCAGGAGCUUGUGUCGGCUGAUAAACCUCAAACAUUUAGUAUAACGAGGGUUAACCAACUACUUAGGAAACUAGAAGGGAAAUUGUUGUCGUACAAGAUGUUUGCACGUGACACCAAAGCAUCGAGAAAUGAAGGUCCACCUACGGAGUGUUUUGUUUAUCAUGCACGAGCAGCGGAAACUAGAUUGCCAUGCUUGGAGCAAGGAGUAGGAAGAAGUGUUAUGUGCGUUGAGCUGGUUGCUAAUCGCUUCCUGCGGAAGAUGGUACGUGUACUUGUUGCAACAGCAAUUAGAGAAGCAGCUGCUGGUGCAGGAGAGGAUGCGUUACUAGAGCUGAUGGAUGCCACAUGUCGACGUGCCACUGCACCACCUGCGCCUCCUGAUGGCCUCAGUCUUGUUGAUGUAGGGUAUACAGAUUUUGAUUCACAAAUUUGCUUCAUUUUAAAUGACUAAUUUUGCCCUUCAUUUUAUAACGUAUCACCCACCCUUUUGAUUGGUGGUGUUAUUAUUACCAUAUUGAUUUAGUGAUUGCAUUGUAGGGUUUGAAAGUUGGUUUGCGUUUUAUCACACAUCACUUUAGGGUGUUUUGUAUUUGUGUAUGGUGAGUGACUAAGUUUUGUUUUGAUCUUCACACGGAUCCGUAAGACGACUCUAAAUAGAAUGAAUUAAAGUUUAUAUAAAA